UAACCUUUAGAUUGACUGAAGUGUUUCUAACACACAUUGCUUUUCCAAAGAUUUUGAAAGAUUUCCAAGUUACUUAAAUCAGGCCUAGAAUGAUGAAAAGAAUUGUCAUUGCAAUAACUUCUGGAGUUAUCGUGUCAGAAGUAAUGUGGCAGUUGUACAAGAAAUAUAAUCAUUCUCGGAAGAAAGUGAUUAAUACUUCCAAUUCGAAUGGUUCUGUAAAGCAGCUUUGCAAAAAUACAGAAGCAAAAUUCUUCGAAGUCAUGUUUUUUUCACAAGACUGUACUUUAUGUCGACCACAUUUAAGAUGUAUGAAACCAUGUGCAAAGCUGAAUUGUCCAGUAAGACACUUAAGGAGGAUUAUAUAUUAUUUAGAUUCUGCAAUUCAUACUUUGGACAUAUGUAUAUAUUUCUUUACAUUUACGGAAUUGGCAGAGGCAAUUAUAAGGGCCAAAAACAGAAAUGUUGUCGUAAGGAUCAUAUUGGAAGAUUCCAUGACACAUACUGAUAAAAGUCAAAUAAUGAACUUUUACAAAGAAGGCAUUAAACCAGUGUUCAAAUCAUUAGACGUCUUAGUGCAUCAUAAAUUUGUUAUUAUUGACAAUAACAUUGUAAUGACAGGCAGUAUAAACUGGACUAAAUCAGCGUUUUUUGGAAAUUUUGAAAAUGUUUUAGUGACUAACGAAUCAGCAAUAGUUAAGCCAUUUGUAAAUGAAUUUGAAAGGAUAUUGACGAUGCUCACUGCUACAACUACAGAAACUAAUUCUGAAACUUUAGAUAUACAUUAACAAUUUAUUUUAAAUGUAUUUACUUACAUUAAGUAAA